AUGGCUCUUUCUUUGCUUCUUCGCGCCCUUUUCUUCUUCGUCUUGUUCAUAGUAUUUGUCGAUGGCCAAUGCCUCGAUGAUCAAAAAAAGUUGUUACUUGAGUUCAGGAGCGAAUUCAAAAUCAAUUCUUCCAUUCCAUAUAGUAUUGCGAAUUGGAAUGAGACAGGUGAUUGCUGCGAAUGGGGCGGCGUGGGAUGCGAUGACGCCGGUCGCAUCAUCAAUUUGAUGCUCCCAAAUGUGGGCAUCUCCGGAAGAAUUGGUGAGUCAUCAGCCCUUUUCCGGUUGACAUACUUGUUGAGGCUUGACCUCUCAAACAAUGACUUCACCACAAGUGAGAUUCCUAACCAAUUCCAUCGUCUCCCAAAUUUGGUAUACCUUGUCUUGACAUUUUCGAGUUUCGUGGGACCAUUGCCAUCCACCUUGGCUAACCUAACAGAGCUAGCUCGACUCUACUUAGUGGGUAACUUCCUCACUGGUUCAAUUCCAUCAUUUCAAACUUGCAAGAAUCUUGAAAUCAUAAACCUUGCUCAAAAUAAUCUAACGGGCUCACUUUCUCACUUGCAUUUUCAAGGUCUUACAAACCUCUUUGUGCUAGAUUUAAGCCGAAACUCGUUGAACGACACCAUUCCUCACCAUCUUUUUGUCCUGCCUUCAAUUGAAUAUCUUUAUCUAUCCCGCAACCAAUUCAGCGGACAAAUUAAAGUUGUUGGCAUUGCAAACCACUCUAACCUUGUUUGGGUAGAUUUGAGUAGCAAUAGGAUAGGAGGUGUCAUUCCAAACUUCUUCUUCCAGCUUCGAAACAUAUCAAAACUCAUUCUUUCUGACAACUUGUUCAAUGGCACUUUCAAACUGAAUAAGUUUCAAAGUUCCACAAGUCUUUCAGUACUUAGUCUUUCUAACAACAACCUGUCAAUUGACACAACCAACAUGAGUUCAAGUUCCCAUGGAUAUCCCAAUUUAUAUAGUUUGAACCUAUCAUCUUGCAAUUUGUACGAUUUCCCAGAUCUUACAAAUGCAUCCUAUUUGCUUUAUUUGGACCUCUCAAAUAAUCGUUUGCGAGGGGAUAUUCCUAGUUGGAUUUGGCAAACCUCAAGGAACUACUUGGACCUUUCCUUUAAUCUUCUAACUGGUUUUGAAAAGCCUCUCAUCCCUACAUAUUUUACUAAUUAUAAUGUCUUGCUCGCAAACAAUAGACUAACUGGAGCGAUUCCAGCCUUCAUUUGCAAUGUAUCUUAUUUAGGUGUUCUCGACUUGUCUUUCAAUAACUUGAGUGGUAGCAUACCUCCUUGCCUAAUAAAUAAAGGAAUUGCAAGGGAAGUGUUCAAUCUUAGGGGAAACCAAAUCAGUGGUGUUAUCCCGGAUCUUUUUUCUAGUGAGUGUAACCUACAAACCUUUGAUGUUAGUAACAACAGCUUAGUCGGUAGGGUUCCUGAGUCUCUGGGAAAUUGUAAGAAUCUACGGGUGAUGAAUGUUGGAAACAACAACCUUGAGGGUAGUUUCCCUUGCAUGCUGCCGUUGAGCUUGCGCAUCCUUCUCUUGCGCUCCAACAGAUUCCAUGGAGAUUUGAGAUGUAGUAAGAACUGGCCCAAUCUUCAAAUUCUGGAUAUAUCUUCAAAUUAUUUCAGUGGUAAUGUGAAUAUGCUAAACUUCUCAAGUUUUCGAGGAAUGAUGCUAGAGAGUUCUACACAUCUCAGGCUCAAUCGCUCAAACUCCAAUUUUCUAGGUGCUGACAGUUACUACCAUAAUGAGGUGACAUUAACAGUCAAAGGGAUUGAGGUGAAGCUUAUAAAGAUUUGGCCUGAUUUUACAUCCAUUGAUUUGUCUGCCAAUCGUUUUCAAGGAGAAAUACCAGAGGCAAUUGGUAAUCUUAGCUCACUCUAUCUUCUCAACUUAUCCCACAAUUCUCUCAUUGAUGCAAUCCCAAGAUCAUUGGGUGCCUUGGCAGAUCUUGGACGGAUCCCAACCAACAGCCACUUUCAAACGUUGUCGGCAGAUUCAUUUGAAGGAAACGCGGGGUUAUCUGGUUUCCCACUCAACGGAAGUUUCAACAACCGUCGUCCACCUGGUUCAUCACCAUCAGAGGAUUCAGAAUCAAAAGAUGAGGAGAUUGAGUGGGAAUAUGUGUUUGCUGCAUUUGGUUAUGUUGUGGGAUUCGGAAGCAUUGCAUGGACACUGUUAUGUUGCAGAAGCAUGAAAGAAAGAUACUUUGAAAAGAUAGAGGAGAUAGCUGACAAGAUAUUCUACGAGAGAGGAAGAAGAAGAAGACACGAGAGAAGAUUUCUUCAUAUACUGAUUCCAACUAGCACUCAGUUUCAAACGUUUUCGGCAGAUUCAUUUGAAGGAAACACGGGAUUAUCUGGUUUUCCACUCAACGGAAGUUUCAACAACCCUCAUCCACCUGGUCCAUCGCCAUCAGACGAUUCAGAACCAAAUGAUGAGGAGAUUGAGUGGGAAUAUGUGUUUGCUGCAUUUGGUUAUAUUGUGGGAUUCAGAAGCAUUGCAUGGACACUGUUAUGUUGUGGGAAUAGGAAGCGUCGUGUGGACACUGUUUUGUUGCAGAAGGUUGAGAGAAAGAUACUUUAA